AUGGACAAGUACCUAGUGGAUGUUUACACUAUCAGAUCCAGAUUCAACUCUCCGUUACAAAACCCAGCUCCAAAUUUCAUAUCUGAAACCACAUUAUCGCCACGCAAGCGCCCAUAUCGCGCAACCAAACAUCCCAUGAAAAAUGCUCACUUCAAUUUAACUAAAUCGCAGUUCUUAGAAAACCGGCAAAACGAAAAAGUAGCAGCCAUACUAAAAGCAGAAAAUAAUCCGCCGCCAAACUUUGAAAUUGACGAAUUAAAUGUGCAAUCGAGGAGAUUCGAUAGCAUUCGUAAAGAUAGCCUCAAGCGCAAGGAUGAAUACUUAAGAGAAAUAUAUUUCCUAAAAUAUGAUUAUGGCGUUAAAGCUAAAUCUCGUAAAAACAGGACUAUUCGGUUGAUGGAACAGUUCAUAUAUGAGACUCAGUAUAAGUUGACGUAUGUACAAGUUCUGCGGAAGAAGUACAUUUUGCAGCCGAGGUAUAGAAUUGGCUACUGUUUUUCGUUAUUGGCGAAUUUGCGAAAUCAGCAGUUUGUUCUGUUCGAUGCGUUACGGCGAAAUAAGGAAAUUUGGACAACGUUGUACAUUCAUCUUAAGCUAUAUGAGAAGAUCGUGAGGCUGGACGUAGAUAUACGAGACUUAAUAGCAUAUAUAAAGAAGAUAAAUUGGGACAGGAUGCCGAAAGAGGAACCAGUCUACUUCGAUAGCGUUAAGCAUAUGCAACAAUGA